AUGGCGCCAUCCGUCCUGCCUCCCGAGGAGUCGACGCCCGAGCCAACCACACCGGUGACCGAGACUGGCAGCGAUGGCUCCAACUUUGAGAUAGUGAGCCCGUGCUCACCGUCCGAGACGCUCUCUGCCAACGGACAGCCCGGCACUCUUGACGCUGCCGCUGCCAACGGAACGUCUGGUCAGCAUGCCAACGACCAACAGAUACCCGCAUCCAAUGGCCACAGCAACGGGACCAAUGGCUCACACGACACGGCCCAGGCUAGCUCACAGACAGCAGAGACCCCCGAGGCCCCUCAGAAGAAGUCAAAGUACUCCCCUGUCGCCAUUGUGGGAAUGGCAUGUCGCUUGCCUGGCAACGUCUCUGACCCGGAACAAUUCUACGAACUCAUCUGCCGAGUACGGAGCGGCUGGUGCUCGAUGCCAGAGGAGAGAUUCAGCAAGGACGGCUACCACCACCCUAACCCGGACAAGCUAGGUUGCUACAACCCAGCUGGUGGCUGCUUCCUGACCGAGGAUGUUUCGCUCUUCGACGCCCCUUUCUUCAACAUCACAGAGCGAGAAGCCAUUUCGAUGGACCCACAGCACCGCCUGAUUCUCGAAUGCACAUACGAAGCCCUCGAGAAUGCCGGUAUCCCCAGACAUGAGCUGGUUGGCAAGAACGUGGCUGUCUAUGCCGGAGGGUCUUUCACCGACUACGAGUUGAACAACCUGCGUGAUCUAGACACCGCCCCCAUGUAUCAAUCCACAGGAAAUGCCCCGUCUCUGCUAGCCAACCGCAUAUCUUACUACUUCGACUUCCGAGGUCCCAGCCACACUGUCGAGACGGCUUGCUCGUCAAGCUUGACCGCUCUUCAUAUUGCCAUGCAGAGCAUCCAGAGCGGCGACUCCUCCGUGGUUGUGCUAGCCUCAAGUCAUCUCAACCUUCUCCCAGACCACUUUGUCUCUAUGUCAUCACAAGGUCUACUGUCAGGAGAUGGUCGGUCUUACGCUUUCGACUCCCGUGCCAACGGCUUCGGGCGUGGUGAAGGUGCUGGUGUCGUCAUCCUCAAGCCCCUCGACCAAGCACUAAAGGACAAUGACAACAUCAGAGCCGUGAUCGUCGGAAGCGGCGUUAACCAGGACGGACGUACCAACGGCAUCACUAUGCCAAACGGAGAUGCCCAGCUGGAGUUGAUGAGAAAGGUCUACGAGGAUGCCGGGAUUGAUCCCCAGGAAUGCGGAUAUGUGGAGGCCCACGGCACUGGCACAAAGGUCGGUGACCCGAUAGAGAUGAAGGCUCUGCAUCGCAUGUUCUCAGAAGGGAGAAGCCCGAGCAAGCCGCUCUAUGUCGGCUCUGUCAAGACGAAUGUCGGUCACCUGGAGGGUGCCAGCGGCAUUGUGUCAAUCAUCAAGUCCGUCAUGAUGCUCGAGCGUGGAUAUGUCCUGCCAAAUUACGGCUUCCAAAAGGGAAACCCAGAAAUUCCAUUCGACGAAUGGGGCAUCAAAGUCCCUGCGACCGUCAUUCGAUGGCCACGACAGAAGAAGUAUAUCAGUAUCAACAGCUUCGGCUUCGGAGGCGGUAACGCACACGCCGUCCUGGCAGCAGCGCCGAAGAAGCCUGUUGUGCCAGUGAAAUGGAUGCACGACUACGUGGAGCCGAGCCGUCUCUUCGUUGUGUCCGCCAACAGCAAGGAGGCUCUAGCGGAACAAAUGAGGAACAUGACCAUCUAUCUUGAAAGGCACCCUGUUGCUUUCCAAUGGAACCUGCUAGCCAAUCUCGCCUACACUCUUGGCCAGAGAAGGUCAUUCCUGCCCUACAAAAUGGCUAUUGCAACAAGCGACGGAGCAUACUUGACAGAGGCCUUGGCUAAGCCUCCAACCAACCCCGUCAGGUCAACCCGGGAACCCAACAUUGGUUUUGUAUUCACCGGACAGGGGGCGCAAUGGCACGCCAUGGGACGAGAGUUGAUUCAGGGAUACCCCGUCUUCAAGGCAUCCCUUGAGAAAUUUGAUGCUGUCCUUAAACGGGUGGGUGCACCCUUCAGCAUGAUGGAGGAGUUGGCACGAGAUGCCAAAGAGUCCCGUCUCUCGGACGCAGAUCUCAGCCAACCUGGAUGCACGGCCAUCCAAAUCGCCCUGGUCGACCUAUUAGCUUCUUGGGGCAUCCACCCUAAGGCAGUCGUUGGCCAUUCCAGCGGCGAGAUUGGUGCUGCAUACGCUUCUGGCACGCUGUCGCUAGAGGACUGUGCAUCAAUCGCAUACCUCCGCGGCCAGGCGGUCUUGAGGCUGAAGGCAGACCACCCCAACCUCGACGGUGGCAUGCUUGCAGUUGGCGCGGGCCCCGAAGAUGUCUGGCCUCUUAUCAAGACGAUCAACAAGGGCCGAGUUACGAUCGCGUGCAUGAACAGCCCUGGAAGUAUUACGGCUUCUGGCGACUCUGAAGCCAUUGCCGAGCUGCAGGCCAAGGUUGAAGAGAAGCAGCUUUUCAACAGGAGGGUAAGAGUGGACACGGCUUACCACUCCCAUCACAUGGAGCUUGUGGCAGGCUGGUAUGGCGAGUCUGUUGGCAAGAUCAAGGCGGCGCCCCAAGGAGACGUUUCUUUCUUCUCUUCUCUCAAGGGCCGGCUCGUGGACUGCUCAGAGCUUACAACGUCCUACUGGGUGGAGAAUCUUGCUCGCCCUGUGCAGUUCUCGCAGGCCCUGACAGAGAUGUGCACCUCCCCCGUCGGCACUGACAAGGUGGACCUGCUUGUAGAGAUUGGCCCUCACUCUGCUAUGGAAGGUCCAGUGAAGCAGAUCCUCAAGGCAAUCGACACCAAGGCAAAGAAGCCCACUUACUUCCCAUCGCUGGUCCGAAACAAGAACGCGGUCGACACGACGCUUGCACUGGCAGGGUCGCUCUUUAGCCACGGAACGCUUCUUGACUUCAAGGCCAUCAACUUCCCAGUCCCCCCACCCAAGGCAUGCGAAGCAUUGAAGGACCUGCCGAAGUACGCCUGGGAUCACGGCAAGCGCUACUGGUGGGAGACGCGCAUCAGCAAAGCACAUCUCCACCGGCAAUUCGUACGCAACGAUGUCGUUGGCGCACUCGCUGACUACUCCAACGAGCUCGAGCCGACAUGGAGAAAUAUCAUUCGUACCGACGAGCUUCCUUGGGUGCGAGGCCAUAUGAUGCAAGACAUGAUCAUUUACCCCAUGGCCGGAUACCUGUCCAUGGCCAUCGAGGCAUCAGCGCAGAGGGCGCACCUCGCAGGACAGACAUUCGAUCAAUUCGUAUUCAGGGAUGUCAUCAUCAGCCGCCCGCUGGUGGUCCAAGAAGGCAGCGAUACCGAGACUAAUAUCACCAUCCGGCCAUUUGCGGAGGGCAAUCGACAGUCGUCCAAGACAUGGGACGAGUUCCGCAUCACUUCCUGGAACAAGGACAGGGGCUGGGUCGAGCACUGCCAUGGCAUGAUUAGGGUCAGCUCGAGUACCGAUACAAAUUCAGUGCAUCAGACCUCGCCGCUGGAGAAGGCAUCCCUUAAAGAAAGAAGAGCUCGCAUUCAGGCGACCUGCAAUCGCACUGUCGAUCACAAGCAGAUCUACACUGAUCUCGCAGGCGUUACUGCCAAGUACAAUGCGCAGUUCCAGGGCAUGGAAAAUUGCGAAGGCAGUGACACAACCUGCGUUGCGGACAUCAUCGUGCCAGACACUCGCCGUGGAAUGCCAAAGGACUUUGAACCAUCACUCAUCAUCCACCCUGCCUUCCUGGACCAGUUCACACAUGCCGCCUGGGUCAUUCUCGGUGCUGGUCGCGAUAAGCUGCCCGCGCUCUACAUGCCUCGCUUCUUCAAGUCGCUGACGGUUUCCAAGAAUGUGUGCAACAAGCCCGGUGAUCGUCUGCGGGUACAUGGCGAGGGCAACCCGAACUUCGUUAACCCAGCCUCCACAAAGAUUACGAUGUUUGCGACAUCCAUGGAUGGCAAUGAGGAGUUCAUCCAUAUGGAGGGCCUUGUGGUCGAUCCUCUCAUGGAGGCGCAGGUCUCCACUGAUCUCGCCUCUCGGGAGUUGUGCUAUCGUGUGACUUGGCAGCCAAUACCAACUGAGAGUUCCGACGGAGAGAGCAACGGCGAGGCGGUCAUUGAAAACAACAUCGCCGAGCCAAUCUCCAUCGUUUGCACAGAUGCACAGAAACAGACCAUUGCCACGCAGCUCAAGGAGCAGCUUCGCAAUGUGUGCACUGCAGAUGUGGACGUUGCCUCGAUUAACGAUCGUCUUGCCGGAAAGAUCUGCGUUGUGCUGUUAGAGUUGGAUGAGCUCCUCACCUCAAAGCUUCGUGAGGAGUCUUUCAAACAGCUGCAGACCCUUAUCCAAUCUGUAAAAGGUAUCCUGUGGGUCGUUUCAGGCUCAUAUGCAGACGCUACGAACCCGCAAGCUGGCAUGAUCCUCGGUCUAGCUCGUACAGUUCGAUCGGAGGCUGGUCUCAAGUUUGCUACUCUGGAUCUUUCUCAACCCGCGCUCUCCUCUGCCAGCACCGUGGCCGACAGUGUCCUCAAAGUCGCCCAAAGCGUCUUCGGCAAGGAUGCGUCCCCCGAUGUGGAUAUGGAGUAUCAGGAACGUGAUGGGGAGCUCAGCGUGUGUCGCAUUCUGCCAGAUGAGGAGAUGGAUGCCUUCGUCGAGCAGCAGACGGGUGCUUCGACAGCUCCAUUCUUGCAGCCUUUCCACCAGGCGGGACGGCCUCUCAAACUCAAGGUCGGAACAAAUGGUGCGCUCGACACUCUUCACUUUGUUGACGACACAUCUGCGUCCUCGCAGCUCCGCCCUGACGAGAUCUCCAUCGAGGUCAAGGUCACUAGCAUGAACUUCAAGGACGUCAUGGUGGCCAUGGGAGAGGUGCCUAGCCCGUACCUGGGAGUCGAGUGUGCCGGUGUGGUCAAUGCCGUGGGUGCAGAUGUCAGAGACUUCAAGGUUGGCGACAGGGUGUGCGCAAGCUCCGAAGGCGCAUAUUCUACCUACACGAGGUGCAAAGCCACCAGCGCCGCCAGGGUGCCCGACGAUAUGUCGCUCGAAUCCGCAGCAACUAUUCCUGUAGUAUUUGCUACUGCGUACUACAGUCUCUUUGACGUCGCCCACCUGCAGAAGGGCGAGACGGUACUCAUCCACGCCGCUGCUGGAGGUGUGGGCCAAGCAGCCAUCAUGCUCUGCCAGAUGGUGGGCGCUAAUAUCUACACGACUGUCGGAAGCGAGGCAAAGAAGACCUUCUUGAUGGAGACCUAUAACAUCCCUGAGGAUCACAUCUUCUAUUCCCGAGACACCACAUUCGCCAAGGCCGUUCAACAAGCCACCAACGGCCGCGGCGUCGACGUUGUGCUCAAUUCGCUGGCCGGCGACUCUCUCAGGGCCACUUGGGAGUGCAUCGCUCACUUCGGCCGCUUUGUCGAGAUCGGCAAGCGGGAUAUCCUCAGCAACACCGGCUUGGGUAUGGCCAUGUUUGAGCAGAAUGCCACUUUUGCCUCUGUGGAUCUGACCGUCGUUGCUGCUGAACGCCCUCAGGUGAUGAGGCGUGUGCUGGACGACGUGUUCAAGACGCUUAGCUUCGGUCUCAUUCGUCCAAUCUCUCCCAUCACAUCCUUCCCUAUCUCGGAGGUUGAGACGGCAUUCCGCACUAUGCAAGCUGGCAAGGUUCAUGGCAAGGUCUUGUUGACCGCGGGACCAAAUGACUUGGUCAAGGCAACCUUUUCUGAGAAGACAUUCUCUAACAUUCUCCGCGCUGAUGGGACAUACCUUAUCAUCGGCGGAACUGGUGGUAUCGGACGGAGCAUCACCCGAUGGAUAUUCAACAAGGGUGCCAAGAACAUCGUUCUGGUCUCUCGAUCCGCCAGCCCAUCAGCUAAGGUGAAGGAGCUUAUCGAAGAGGGCAAGACGCAAGGAAUCAACGUUUGCAUCCAUGCCUGCGAUGUUUCGGAUCAGGGACGGGUUCAGGCCAUGGUGGCAGAGCUCGGCAAGAGUCUACCUCCGAUCCGUGGAAUGAUCCACAGCGCCAUGGUUCUAGAUGAUGUUCUGUUCGAGAAAAUGACCUUUGAUCAAUGGGACCGUGUCGUCCAGUCCAAGGUCGCCGGCUGCUGGAACCUGCACAACGCCUUGAGCGGUGAGGAGAUCGACUUCUUCAUCACGUUGAGCUCGGUGGCUGGCAUCAUCGGCAACCGUGGCCAGGCAGCCUAUGCGGCCGCGAACACGUUCCUGGACUCGUUGACUCAGCACCGCCGCAGGCUGGGUCUGCCAGCCACGACCCUUGACCUGGCUGCGGUCAGCGACACCGGCUACCUCGCCGAGAAUGCAGAGCGCCAAAAGCAGGUCCUCGACCAGAUUGGCGGCGAGCACAUCAACGAGAAGGAGAUCCUGGCCUUGAUCGCCGCUUCCAUCACCGGUAAAGCAGAGGAGACCUGCGGGUCUCAGAUCGUCACCGGUCUGAAGCUGCCCGCAUCCUUCUCGAAUGUCUUCUGGGCCCCCGACGGCAAAUUCGAGUCCUUGCGUGCAAAGGCUUCCCAGGGAGCCGAAGGCGAUAUGAGCGCUGCUCAGUCCAUCUCCCCCGGCGUGGCACUGAAGCGGGCAAAGACCUACGAGGAGGCUCGUCAGGUCGUGAUAGAAGCCCUGCUAGACAAGACCGCCAGUGUGCUCAUGCUGCCGCGUGAGGAGCUCGAUCCCUCCAAAGACACGGUCUUUUACGGCCUGGACUCUUUGGUCUCGAUCGAGAUCAGGAACUGGAUCACUCGCGAAUUCGGUGCGGCGUUGCAGAUUCUUGACCUGCUGAGUAGCGGCUCAUUCGUGGCUCUGGCGGAUGUUGUGUUGCGGAAGACUGAACUGGUCUCGUUUGACAAAUGA